AUGUCGAAAAAGCCUUCUAAAGAACUCGAACUGAAUCUGUUGAAGCCCACUGAAUUGAAUGAGGAACAGAAAAGUGUAGCAUGGAUGCUUAUUGACGAAUACGAGGAACUGUUUUCCUGUACAUCUGGUGACCUCGGGAGGACGAAAUUGGCUGAACAUCGAAUUGAAACUGGGAAUAACUCUCCUAUUAAACAGAAUCCCCGAAGACUACCAAUUGCUAAGACAACAGAAGUUAAAGAUCUACUAAGGGACAUGCAGGAACGAGAUGUCAUCGAGCCUUCGUCGAGUACCUGGGCUUCUCCCAUCGUGUUAACCCGAAAGAAAGAUGGAUCUACGAGAUUUUGUGUAGACUAUCGACGGCUCAAUGAUGUCACAAAAAGGACAGUUAUCCACUUCCACGAAUCGAUGACACGUUAG